AUGACGCUUUUUAUCUUGACGGAAACAAGCGCGGGCUAUGCCCUGCUCAAAGCUAAGGACAAGAAGCUUCUGAAGCGUGAUGACAUUGCUACUGAGGCUUCCACGGCAGAGGGUGUCUCUAAUCUGCUCAAGUUGAAGAGCUUUCAGAAGUUCGACAGCGCUACAGCUGCUCUCGAGGAAGUUGCUUCCCUCGUUGAAGGAAAGGUUACCCCUCGCCUUGCCAGCCUCCUCGAUGAGAUUAAGGAUGAGAAGAAGGUCUCCCUGGCCGUUGCCGAUGCCAAACUGGGAAAUGCCAUCGGCAAACUUCCUGGUCUUGAUAUCUCAUUGAUUGCCGACUCCACGACCGCCGACAUCUACCGCGCGAUUCGUGAACAUCUUCCCACACUGAUUCCUGGCCUUCUUCCCCAGGACAUGUCCACCAUGUCCCUGGGUUUGUCCCACUCUCUCGCUAGACACAAGCUCAAGUUCUCUCCCGACAAGAUUGAUACUAUGAUUGUUCAGGCCAUUGGUCUGUUGGAUGACCUAGACAAGGAACUGAACAACUACGCUAUGCGUGUGAAGGAAUGGUACGGAUGGCAUUUCCCCGAACUUGCCAAGAUCCUCAACGACAACAUCGCCUACUCAAGGCUCGUCCUCAAGAUGGGUAUGCGAUCCAGUUUUGAAUCAUCCGAUCUCACAGAGAUCCUCCCUGAAGAGAUCGAGGCCGCCGUGAAGUCUGCGGCAGACAGGUCUAUGGGUACCGAAAUCAGCGAGGAAGAUUUGGAGAACAUCCAAGCCCUUGCCGAGCAGGUUAUCGGCUUCUCCGACUACCGCUCGCAACUCGCCAGCUACAUCACCGCGCGUAUGAACGCCAUUGCCCCCAACUUGACUGCUCUGGUUGGUGACCUUGUCGGUGCCCGCCUCAUCGCCCACGCUGGUAGCUUGACCAACCUGUCCAAGAGUCCUGCCAGUACUCUCCAGAUUCUUGGUGCCGAGAAGGCGCUCUUCCGUGCUCUGAAGACCAAGCACGACACACCCAAGUACGGUCUGAUCUACCACGCCUCUCUGAUUGGCCAAGCUACCGGAAAGAACAAGGGUAAGAUGGCGAGAGUUCUGGCUGCCAAGGCCUCUCUCGGUCUCCGUGUCGAUGCUCUGGCUGAAUGGGAUGACGAUGUCGCUGAGGAGGACAAGUCUGCUCUCGGUACCGAGGCCCGGUUCAACCUAGAGAGGAAGCUGGCUGCCAUGGAAGGCAAGCCGCUCAAGCCGCGUGGUGUGGCCAUUGGUCCUAACGGCGCCACUGCUCAACCCGGCAAGUUCAACAUCAGCGAGGCCCGGAAAUACAACCCCGACGCCGAUGCUGUGGAUGAGGACGAGGCUACACCCGCUAAGAAGAAGCUCGUCCAGGAGGUUGAAGACGAGGAGAUGGCUGAUGCUGACUCUGAUGAGGAGGCCGCCGUUAACGGUGCUGACUCCGACUCAUCUGAAGAGGAAUCAACCAAGAAGAGCAAGAAGAGCAAGAGCAAGGAUUCAGAGAUCGAGAAGUUAGCCGAGAAGGCCGGUCUGAGCGUCAAGCGGUACAAGCGGAAGCUCGAACGAGGCGAGAUCCAGUUCGAUGCGGCCGGAGCUCCCAGCUCAGUGAGCAAGAAGGAUUUGAAGAAGGCUAAGAAGGAUGCCAAGAAGGCGUCCAAGGGCGACGAGAAGAAGCGCAAGCGAUCAGACGAGAACGAAGACGCGGACGGCAAGAAGAAGAAGAAGAAGAGGGACGACUAA